CGGGGAGGUCUACUACUGAUCCUCUCGUUUUCGUAACCUCUAUUUCCACCGCAAGGUGUCAGUUCAGUUGGCCCCAAGAUGGCCACGUUGGAUCAAUGAAACUCGAUUUGUAAAUGGGAGAUGGGAAAGGAUCAGGAGCUGCUGGAGGCAGCGAGAAGUGGGAAUGUCACUGUUGUGGAGAAAAUACUUGGACAACGAGCGAAAAGGAGUGGUCCACUGGCAAGUUUACGACGAGGCCCGGGAGCUAACGUGCAGGAUGCCAGCGGAUACUCAGCACUGCAUCAUGCUGCAUUGAAUGGGCAUAAGGACGUCGUGAAGACACUUCUUCAAUACGAGGCAUCGACAAACGUCGUUGAUGCAAAGGGCUCAUCACCCCUUCACUUGGCAGCAUGGGCAGGCGACGCGGAUAUCGUCAGACUAAUCUUGAGUCAAGGACCGUCUGUACCAAACGUUAAUCUCGCAACGAAGGACAAUGAAACAGCUCUCCACUGUGCCGCGCAGUAUGGCCAUACGGAAGUUGUGUCACAGCUGCUGCAGUACGGAUGUGAUCCCAGUAUCCGUAACAGCCGGGGCGAGUCUGCACUCGAUCUCGCCGCACAAUAUGGCAGGUUGGAGACUGUGCAACUGUUGGUGAGAACCCAUCCUGAGUUGAUUGAGCCACUGAGAUGUUCUUCCUCAUCCCUGAUCUUCCCUCACACACCACUGCACUUGGCAUCGCGAAAUGGUCACAGAGCUGUGGUUGAGGUAUUAUUGGCAUCUGGGGUGGACGUCAACACGCGAACCUCAGCAGGCACUGCCAUGCAUGAAGCAGCCCUCUGUGGUAAAAUGGAAGUAGUGAGGGCACUUUUGGAUCGCGGGGUGGACCUUGGCAUUCGGGAUUCGAGGCAUAACACCGUUUUGGAUUUACUAGGACAGUUUCCACCUCAUGUUACGCACGAUAUCACCGCAGUGAUAAAACGUCAUCGAUCGUCUUCCGGAGUGGAGAGCGAUGCAGACAGUGAGAAUCUCCCACCAAUUCCAGUCCAGGGCAAUGACUCUCUGGGUAGCCCCUAUGAGAAUGUUCGUCCUGGCGAUGAUUUAUCCCCUGGGGAAGGAUCGUCACCCACACAAUGGCAAUUUUACCACAAACCUCGGGAUGAGGAUCGCCGAGUUUCCGGUACAUCUGUCAUGUCUUUGCAUUUCAGUGAUGACCAACUGGAUGCCAAAGGAGUUGGGCAGAUGAAUGAUGACUACUCUGAUCCAAGUUCGCUGUUUGAUAGUGUUCUAUUAUCAAUGUCAGAUACAAUGACCUCAAUUAAUACAUUCACAAGCUCCGAUCGGACACCCGAUGAAAGACAGUUUAACACAUCUACCCACACAACACCCGUAUCACCUGGUGACACACUACGGGGCUCUGACAGCGGUCUCUAUCAAACACCACCGGUACCUCGUUGCACAGAGGGCAGUCAUGUCUCGGAGGAUCUGUCCUUGACAUUGACCCACGGACUGAGUGGAAGGGAGUCGGACCAAUUGAGUGUCUCUUCCUCAUCGAGCAUCGGUGGAUUUAGCCGAAGGGACAGGCGUUGUUUGCCGAGUGAUUCUUGUACCCCUGGGAUAUACUUGUCAAUGGCACCUUUGUCGAGCUCUCUUCAUAGUCCUGCUUCUAAUAGUAAAGUCUCUCCAAUUCCACCGAAAAAGCCGCCCCGAAGAAACCUAUCAGUAUCUCCCACUCACCUUCAAACCCAGAUGUCAUUGUCUGCUGACUGUUCACUGGGUCCAAGCAACUACGAAUAUUUAUUCUUGGCGAGAAGUGGGGCCAGAAGUCACAUAGACCUGGAGACCCUUCAGUCUCGUAGGGACCACUUACAUCACGUAACAAGAAGUGUAGACCAAUACGUGGACAUGAAAGCUCGUCACAGUGAGGGUAGCAGGCGACCAGAGGUCGAACCAGUGGCGGUGACAGCGGUCUACGGGGAUAAGCUCAUCAAACUACAAAAUCCACGACGAAAACUCCGCAGACAUGCUGAACGAGCUUAUGAGAAUUACGACUUCGAGAGUAGUCCAGGUGUUGACGUAUCCCCGUGCAGUGAGAGUGCAGUUUCCCAUGACCAGACGUUCGUAUCAAACGCAUUUCUGACGCUAAAAUCAUCACAGGAGAGUUUGUUGGAUGAUAAACGCGAAGGAGAUGCCCAAUUGCUCAUAGAAGCCACUGACAAAAGAUUGAAGCGAGUCCAGAUGCUAAUUCCGACAAGUCCAACCCAUUAUAUUCAACCACCGACUCCAGACCAUCCACCUCCGUCCGCGUUGCAGGCUGAGAAAUCAAUUCACGAACGAAUUCGUCCAUUGAGUCAAGUAUACAAACGCCGAUCUCGUGACAUGGAGACAGAAAUCGAGGAGGAUCUACUCCAGUUCCAGCCUGGUGGCUCUCUGGAUGCAUCCAGCGGUUCACUUUCCAGUGUAUCGUUGUCAGACAAGAGUAUGUCCACCGAUAACGUCGAGGAGUACUUCGGCGAUGUGCCAUUCGCAGGUAAACGACAACAUACGCUUGGCUGCACCGCAUGACGCUUUUCUGAUCCUGGUGUAAAAUGCAUACUAUUUUUGUCACGUUUUUUCAAUUCUCGAGGUGCAAACUAUUAGUGUUGUAGCAGAGGUAUAUGAUUUGAAAUAUAAAAUCACCUCUCAUUUUGUGAAUAUCUGGAAAACUAGUGAGUUUGAAAUGUAUUUAAGAUAUGUUAUUACUUCAUGAAAUUUCCUAUAAAAAGGCUCUGUGCACCCAGGGAAUAAACGGCCUAAUAUCACAAAAAUAAUUUCUUGAGCUGAAAAAACUUCAGACCACAAGUCGUCGAUAUUUGGAACAAAGCAGUACGGAAUUAAAUGGGAAAUGAUUUUUUCGUCUUUUUCAUAUGAGAUGUUCUUGAAAUAACAAGGGAAGUUUGAAACGAGGGGAUGAGGUUACUUCUUUCCUUUGAACUCAUUGCGAUUGAUAAAAAUUGAACUGGGUUGUUGGUUG